CCAACACGGGCCUGAUCCUACAGGAUUUGUGGUGUCUGGCUCCCCGGAGAGUGCAGAUCCAGGGGAGAGCCAGCUUUCCCAGGCCCUGAACGGGUUGUCAGACAGAGCCAAGGAAGCAAAAGAGUUCCUGGUCCAGCUCCGCAACAUGGUGCAGCAAAUCCAGGAGAACAGCGUGGAGUUCGAGGCCUGCCUGGUGGCCCAGUGUGACGCCCUCAUCGACGCCCUCAACCGCAGGAAAGCCCAGCUGCUGUCCCGCGUCAACAAGGAGCACGAGCACAAGCUAAAGGUGGUACGAGACCAGAUUUCUCACUGCACGGUCAAGCUGCGCCAGACCACGGGUCUGAUGGAGUACUGCCUGGAGGUCAUCAAGGAGAACGACCCCAGCGGCUUCCUGCAGAUCUCCGACGCUCUCAUCAGGAGAGUGCACUUAACCGAGGACCAGUGGGGAAAGGGGACGCUCACACCCCGGAUGACCACGGACUUCGACCUGAACCUUGAUAAUGCCCCUCUGCUACAGUCCAUCCAUCAGCUCGACUUUGUGCAGAUGAAAGUUUCCUCCCCAGUGCCGGCCCCCCCGAUCCUGCAGCUAGAGGAGUGUUGCACCCACAACAACAGUGCCACCUUGUCCUGGAAGCAGCCCCCCUUGUCGACGGUGCAGGUGGAAGGUUACAUCCUGGAGCUCGAUGAUGGCAACGGCGGCCAGUUCAGG